UCAGGUUCCUGCGGCAUGGUCGCGGCCGAAGCGCUUCCUCCAGAGGAUCGAUCACCUGCGCUGACCGCUCUCCGUUUGCCCUCUGGACCCCGUGACAGUGUGCCAACACUCACCUACGCUCCACUCACACACGCUGUGGCAAUCUCGCCGCUAUUUAUCCCACGAGAAAGCUCCAGAGUGCCAAGACCACCCUGGGGCUUUAGAGAGUGCAUGCUGGGAGGACUGGGAGGCAGAAGGAUGGCAGUGUUUUGGAAAGCAGUGGCAGGUGGAUUGCUCUUAGCUGUCUGCCUCACGGGAUGGAGAGUUGAUGGACAGGGGAACGGUAAAAAAAAGGUAUCUGGGGAUUCAAUCAUCUACCUCGGCCAGGAGAGAAACCCCUGGAGGCCGCUGAUCCGCACCACAGCCAACCUCACCGAGAUCCGCAGCAUCAAGUCCACCUUUCAGUUCCGGACCUUUGACCCCGAAGGAGCGAUUUUCUACGGAGACACCAAAAAUGGAGAGGACUGGUUUGUUUUGUCCCUGAAAGAAGGGUUCCCCCUCAUGCAGAUCAGCAAAGAAGAUGUACAAGUCAGCGUGACAGGGGGUCCAAAGCUCAACGACGGGAAGUGGCACACGUUGGAUGUGAGCAACCGGGGAAAGUUUGUCAUUCUGGAGGUGGACGGCCUGCCUGGACUGGUGGUGGGAAUGCACUCCAAACAGACAAAGGAGGUCAUUUCCGGGCAACUUCGAUUGGCCCUGGGUGGGAUCCUGACCAGCAAGGACAAGUUGAUUGUUGAGUUUGAGCCGCAGAUGGACGGCUGCGUGCGCAAAGGCCACUGGCUAAACCUCAGCAUGCCCUGGGAGGCGGACGCCGACGAGCUCUGGCUCUGCCAUCAGAACAUCCGACCUGGCAGCUUUUUCGCUGGCGAAGGAUUCACCAUUUUCAACACCUCAGUUUUCCAAGCGAUCAAAGAUCUUGGCUUCAGAGUUGAAUUUUGGGGGGACUUCACGCAGAUGGAGGGAACCAUUCUGAGCAUGAUGUCCUCACAAGGAGAGCUGCUGGCAGUCGUGGAAGCCAAUAAUAACACGAACGAGAUUCAUUUCACCAUCAGGAAGCAAAAACACAUUCUGACAAACGCUAUGAAGCAGCUGAGGAUUACUUUUUUUGAGAAUGUGGUGAAAGCGGUUACAUUUUUAGAUGAAGCAAAUGCAGAGAUGUAUACUUAUGAUGCCCCCGAAUAUCUGACGGAGCUGAGAGAGGGGCGUCUCGCCAUUGGAGGUCUUCUAGGUGGCGUUAAAGAUAUGGUUGGCUCCAAUUUCCUCAGAGGCUGUCUGGAGAAGAUCAAAAUCCAACAGAAGGAUUUGGACCUGGAUUCAGCUAUCAAAGACAUGUCAGCUUCUUCACACAGCUGCCCGGUGUAGAAAUCAUCCAUGGGGCUGCAGGAGGACAGGAUGUUGGCUGUUAAGGACUUCAGGUGUCUGUAGUUCAUAAAAAUGAGAUGAUUGAUAAUCGCUUCCAUAACAGUGUGAUUAACCGCUAAAAAAAAUAACUGAUAUGUCUAAAUAUGAAUCAAAAAUAACAGACAAAAAGUAUGUAAAUGAGAAACAAUGUGCGGCUACGAAGAGAUGCGCGAUGUUUAAGAAGUUAUGUAUGUCAUGUGGCACAACGAAAAGUGAAGAGCCAAAACAAAAAAGCAAAUAAAAAAAUUCUUAAAUAUAAAGUACGUCAUAGUUUGAUGUAAGCAAUAACGCAAACAUUUAAGAGGUCAUAAGUAAAAUUGAUCUCAUUGGGCAUGAUUUAGAAAAAGGAAUAAAAAGUACAAAAGGUAUCCAAAAGUGGUUCCUAGAGAAAUUUACGUGCAGCAAAUACUUUGCAGUUGCAAGAGCAAUUCACAAAUGAUCUGUGCACGACUUCUUGCUGUUCUGUGUGUCAUCCAGUCUCAGGAGCUGGUUGUUUUAUAACCUGUCCACAACAUUUUUCAGUAUUUUUCCACUACACAACAUUCAGAGCGCUGAGGUUUUAUCAUGCAUAACUCCGUUCUCUCACCAAUUAACUUUAAUGUGCAUCUAAAUAAUUAUCAUUUAAAUCUUCAAUAAAUUUAAAAGGAAUCAAG